AUGCUCGGCGAUAGUGCUGUAGCUGUUCAUCCGGAGGAUCCGCGCUACCAACACCUCAUAGGCAAAGUGUGCAAACAUCCUUUCGUUGACCGUGAGCUUCCCAUCAUAGCAGAUUCAUUCGUUGAUCGUGAGUUCGGAACUGGUGCCGUAAAAAUCACUCCUGCCCAUGAUCACAAUGACUAUGAGGUCGGUCAACGUCAUAACCUUCCAUUUAUAAACUGCAUUGAUGACGAUGGAAAUAUCUCUCCCGGUUGUGGUCAAUUCUCUGGAAUGCGUCGUUUUGAUGCAAGGAAGGCUGUAACUGAAGCGCUCAAAGAACUUGGAUUGUACAGAGGUUCAGAAGAUAACGCUAUGGUUGUACCAAUUUGCAGUCGCUCCAAGGACAUUAUUGAACCUUUACUAAAAGCACAGUGGUAUGUGAAGUGUGAUGAGAUGGCGAAAAGAGCUGUUGCUGCUGUAGAAAGUGGAGAACUAAAACUGAUUCCUGAUUAUCACGUUGGAACCUGGAAUCGUUGGCUUCAGAGCAGCCGAGAUUGGUGCAUUUCUCGUCAACUUUGGUGGGGGCAUCGCAUCCCAGCUUAUUUCGUAACGGUCACUGAUGGGAAAGUAUGACU